AUGCUUGCAGAAGAAUUCAGACUUCAUGUUGCUGUUUUGAACAAUGUGAAUAAGUUGCUGGGGGAGAAAACAGAUGUGAACAUUGUAGACAAGGGUGGUAGAACUGCGUUGCAUUUGGUAGCAUCGUAUAAUAGCAUAAUUAUUAAAAGACUGUUGUCAGUCUCAGGUGUUGAUUCCAACAUACCAGAUGGAGACCUUAAGUGGACGCCGCUGAGGUACGCUGCCACAACGAGAUCAUGGAUGGCUGUGGACAGCUUGUUACAGGGUGGCGCUGACGGUAAUGUGCUUAUUGAAUUUUACCAGGACCAGGAGUGGAGGGCAGCACUGUGGGAAUGUGCAGAAAAUGGACACAGAAACUUGUUGGAGUUCUUAUUUAAUUCCGGAUUUGAUGUUAAUGCCAUUGUAUUGCAUCCUGGAGAAGAUUAUUAUGAAUUACCUCUUCUUCAUAUAGCCUCACA